AUGACGGAAACGAUAGCUGUGCAGCAACACAGAGGUUCGUUCAGUUGGAAUCGUCGACCUUCCACUAGCAAGGUCGUCUGUAAGUUUUGGUUGGCUGGGAACUGCACAAAGAACCCAUGUCGCUUUGCGCACACGGAUGUUACUGCACCUGUCAAUCGUGUUUUGCGCUUGAAUCGUUCGAGUUUUAGGGAGUCCCAUGAUCAGAAAAAGCAGAAUACAAAACAAGAGAGUGAAGAAUGCAAGAUUAAGAAAAAGAAUGAGGUUAAAGAAUGUCAUCCUGAAGAAAGUGUCUCUGCUGAUACUACAGCAGGAGACGUCGAGAAGUCACAGUGUAAUACUAAGAUAUGUGAGCAUUGGAUGAAGAAUAGUUGUGUUCAUGGUAAAGACUGCAAAUUCCUGCAUUCUUGGUGUUAUGGCGAUGGAAUUACCAUGGUUGCUCAACUUCAGGGACACAAGAAGGCUGUCACUGGAAUCACUCUGCCAGCAGACUCUGAUAAGCUUUUCAGCAGUAGUAAAGAUGGGACUGUUAGAGUUUGGAACUGUCAUACGGGUGAGUGCAUUGGUGUAGCUGAUGUGGGUUCACCAGUUGAAAGUCUGAUAAGUGAAGGACCGUGGGUGCUUGCAGGAUUAGUAAAUCUGUCAAGGUAUUUUAUUGCGAAAUUUCAGUGUUCUCAUAUUUCUGGCUUCUGUGUAUUGUGA